CGUCACCGGAAGGCCAUGCGCUGAAAGGUCAACGUGUUGUGAGGAAGAUGGCGGCCUCCUUGUGGCACUGCGCGCAGCUGUGUGCUGCGCGGCCUCUGCGGUUAUUGUCAUCUCGCUGCUACGGCUACAGCUUUAACCAAGUCCAUGCACAGCGGAUACCCUGGAGACCCACAGCAGUACUGCAGGUCCAGUAUGCCUCCUCAGAGGGUGGAGGGCGGCGGGGUUUCCUCUCAGAAUUUCUGGAUAGCUUAAAGCAGGAGAUGAACAAAAAUAAGGAGAUGAAGGAGAACAUUAAAAAAUUCAGAGAAGAGGCCAAGAAGUUGGAAGAGUCGGAGGCUCUGCAGCAAGCUCGACGGAAAUAUAAAGUUAUUGAAUCGGAAACCGUGAAGUCCUCAGAAAUACUGAAGAAAAAACUUACAGAGCUGUCUGAAUCAGUAAAAGAGGGUCUGGAUGAAGUUAGCCGCUCUGAUAUUGGAAAGAAGAUCAAGGAAGGUGUGGAAGAAGCAGCAAAAACAGCUAAGCAUUCAGCAGAGAGUGUGACAAAGAGUGGAGAAAAGAUUAGCAAGACCGGGGCCUUCAGGGCCAUUUCCCAGGGUGUAGAGACUGUGAAGAAGGAGAUUGACGUCCUUGGGAAAAGUGGAUCUUACCGGCCACCUGUUCGGUUACGGAAGAGGAGUGAGUUCUCCUUGAAGGAUGCCUCUGCUGAAGCAAAGGUGUUUGAACCCAAUGAAGAGGUCAUAACCAUGGUGGUACACAAAGAUUCCAAAUGGUACCAGCAGUGGAAGGACUUUAAGGAUAACAAUGUCGUCUUUAACAGAUUCUUUGAGAUGAAGAUGAAGUAUGAUGAAAGUGACAAUGCCUUUAUCCGAGCAUCCCGAGCCAUUACUGACAAAGUAACUGAUUUAGUAGGGGGAAUUUUUUCCAAAACAGAAAUGUCAGAAGUUCUGACAGAGAUCCUCAAGGUGGACCCGACAUUUGACAAAGACAAGUUCUUGAAGCAGUGUGAACAGGACAUAAUUCCCAAUAUUCUGGAGGCCAUGAUACAGGGUGAACUGGACGUCCUCAAAGACUGGUGCUAUGAAGCUACUUACAGCCAGCUGGCUCACCCUGUUCAGCAAGCUCGGGCAAUGGGACUUAAGUUUCAAUCCAAGAUUUUGGACAUCGACAAUAUUGAUCUGGCCAUGGGCAAGAUGAUGGAGCAGGGCCCUGUUCUCCUCAUUACCUUCCAAGCACAGCUUGUUAUGGUAGUCCGCAGUCCGACUGGCGAGGUGGUCGAAGGGGAUCCAGAUAAAGUCCUGAGAAUGAUGUACGUUUGGGCCCUUUGCCGUGAUCAAGAGGAACUCAAUCCAUACGCUGCAUGGAGACUUCUGGACAUUUCUGCGUCAAGCACUGAGCAGAUCCUUUGAACACACAAAAAAGCCAAACCAGGCUUUGCAGAAUUACAGACCAAGCCACACACUGAACAGACACUCUGAGUAUUGGGGUGGGUAGAGGAAGAGGAGGAAGAAGGAGAAGGGAUAAGGGGAGGGCACUGGUGAAAUCACUCUUUCCUGGAACACUAUUUCCUUUUCUGGAUGGAGUUGCAGGGGAAUGUCAAGGCCUGUUGCACCAGGAUGGUGGCGCUAGUGUGGCACUAGGUUUGCUGCAAUUGAGGACGCUAAAAAUAUGCAAUCUCACAAUUCCUGGCACUGAUGGAGCGGAGAAACUGGUGCCACUGGAGUCAUGCACGUAUCCCUAAUGGAGGUGGUUGUGAGGCAGGGACAAUUAUUUAAUGAGGAAUUCUUUCAUCCACAAUGUAGAAAAAGAAAUAAAUGGUUUUUUUUAAAAAAAAAAAAAAA